AUGUGCCGGUAUGAGUUUAAUUAUGCUGAAGCUAUUGUUUCAGCUCAUAAGAGAGUGUGCCACACAGCAAUCGAUACAAGCCCAAAAUGGCCUCGAAUGGAUUCGUGGCCUUCUAGAGAAUUGUUCAAAAUGUUUUUAUCUUUAAAACAAGCUAUCUUGGGCCGGAUUUGGAGGAGAUUCGAGGCAAAAACGUGGUUGGACAGAAGAAGUCUCUAUGCUGUUGUUUCUAAUGGCAAUUUGGGAGCCAUGACAUGGAAGACGGAUGACACUUUCGUCAUGGCUAGCGUAUCAAGUCUAAGAAAGGGUUUUGUGAAAUCCGAAUGUGCUGAGUACAAACACAAGUUCGGUCACUUCGGACGUGACCGUCCAGAUUUGUUGGCCAACAUUGUUCGAGAAUCAAAGAUAGAGGCUCUACAAGCAAAGGUGUUUGAUAUUGAGAGUAAAAUAACUCACAUUGAUGGAUUUUCAGACAAAUUGGAUGGUAUGCUAAGGAGCUUCCAUGAUAAAUGA